GUUCUUGCCGAUGACAAGAAUGCCGGGCCGCAGCGUCGAAGACCGCCGCUCUGGAUCCGCCAGUAUCCCCCCCCCCCCCGCUGGCCCCCUCGGCUGCCUUUUGCUGUGGGGGGGGGGGCAUUUGAAUUGGGACGCCCCUGGAAUCUGGAUCCACCGCUAGUCACCGGCCCGAUGCCAACGAAACGCGGGACUGUUGUGUUGUUCGGGGUGGGCGAGGAAAACUUUCAAAAGAAAGCUACCUCGAGACUUUCCUUCAAAAGAAGAAAAAUUGUGGCUACCAAAUCGACUUUUAGACUCCGAUUUUAGCUUAUCAGCUAAAAAACAAACGAUUGGAAAGCAUUUGUGCGCAAAUUUAUCUAUAGAAAUAUACUUGAUAAAAUAGGGUUAAAUGUCAAUUCAUUUUAUUUUUCUAAGAUUUUUAUCCUAUUCGGCUUUUACGGCUUUUACAACUCUUUUUGCGAGUCAAAACUGGCGCCUUCUCUAUCAACUUUCCUUCCGGUGCCGCUGUUGACGGCCAAGAAGGCGUGUGAUUUCAUCUGGGUCAUCGCAAGAUUUAUUCUUGAAAACUUAAUGCAUUUUAACAAUUGUGAUUUCCUUCUCAUUUUCAAAGCUAUUUUCUUCGUGAACUGCUACUGAUUCCAUGUCAGCAUAGCUCUUGCGACCAGUCUUCAAUUUAUUUUUCGUCCCAGCGAAACUGAUUGCUCUGCAAAAUGGCGCAGUGUCACAAUCCUCGCGGAAUUUUGAGCCUGCAGAGCACGCAGAGCCCGCCCAAAGACUCCAAGUCCGCCGCCAAAUCGUCCAACAUGGUCGACGCCGCCACCAUGCAGAAGCUGGACGCCGGCUUCCAGAAGCUGCAGGCUGCCACCGACUGCAAGUCGCUGCUGAAGAAGUACCUCACCAAGGAGGUCUACGACAGCCUCAAGAACAAGAAGACCUCGUUCGGCUCGACCCUGCUCGAUGUCAUCCAGUCCGGCGUGGAGAACCUGGACUCUGGCGUCGGCGUGUAUGCCCCGGACGAUGAGGCUUACCGGGUGUUCGCCGAUCUCUUCGACCCGAUCAUUGAGGACUACCACGGCGGAUUCAAGAAGACCGACAAGCACCCCAACAAGGACUUCGGCGAUGUGAGCACCGUCGGCAACGUGGACCCGGAGGGCCAGUUCGUCAUCUCCACGCGCGUGCGCUGCGGCCGCUCCAUGAAGGGCUACCCCUUCAACCCGUGCCUGACCGAGGCGCAGUACAAGGAGAUGGAGGACAAGGUCUCCUCCACGCUCAGCGGCCUGGACGGCGAGCUGAAGGGCACCUUCUACCCGCUGACCGGCAUGGCCAAGGAUGUGCAGCAGAAGCUCAUCGACGACCACUUCCUCUUCAAGGAGGGUGACCGCUUCCUGCAGGCGGCCAACGCCUGCCGCUUCUGGCCCACCGGCCGCGGCAUCUUCCACAACAACGACAAGACCUUCCUGGUCUGGUGCAACGAGGAGGACCACCUGCGCAUCAUCAGCAUGCAGAAGGGCGGCGACCUGGGCCAGGUGUACCGGCGACUGGUCAACGCGGCGACUGAGAUCGAGAAGCGCAUUCCGUUCUCUCAUGAUGACCGGCUUGGCUUCCUGACCUUCUGCCCGACCAACCUGGGCACCACCAUCCGCGCCUCGGUGCACAUCAAGGUGCCCAAGCUGGCCGCCGACAAGAAGAAGCUGGAGGAGGUGGCGGCCAAGUACAACCUCCAGGUGCGCGGCACGCGCGGUGAGCACACCGAGGCCGAGGGCGGCAUCUACGACAUCUCCAACAAGCGCCGCAUGGGCCUGACCGAGUACGAGGCCGUCAAGGAGAUGCACGAUGGCAUCCUGGAGCUCAUCAAGAUCGAGAAGUCACUCUAGAUGCCGGCCGGAGGAGAGCCCCGGGAGGGGGAGAGAGAGAGAAUCCAGAGAGAGAGAGAGAGGGUGGCGGUCCGGCGCCGGUCGGAGAGCCGGUGUCGGCCGCCGCCCACCCCCCAGCCGGCCGGCCGCCGGCCCGUCGCGGCGCUCGAGUGUGAGUUAGUGAGUGAGAGAGUGUCGACGCCCGUGGUGUCUGUCAAUUCCGCAGCGCUCCCCGAGCUGCCGGCGCCGCGCCGAGGCCGGCGCAGGACGGCUGGCUAAUAAAAUGUGAUCUUUC